CUUCCCUGCGAAGCAGUCACUAGCACUGUCCGCGUUGAAUAUGGUGGACGACACCAUCACUGAAUCCGAAGGACCGCCAACAAACUCGACGGUCGAUGAGGAGCUGGUCGGUGUUCGCAAGGAGAAACCCAUCGUUGUGGAUGCCGACGCUAUUCAUGACGUUGAGGAUGCGCCUCCCUCUGCGGUUGCCGCAGUCCGAAGUAUAGCUGAUACAGAUGAAGCUAGGCCCGUGUCCGCUCUUCCGCUUUCCGAAAUAGAUGGAGAACACGUCAAAACCGCUUCUGACGUGUCUCAUAUUUCUCAGCCAGAAGUUCAGGGCAUAGACACAGUCGUGGAAGCUCCUCUUCCUUCAAAACAAGCACCGCCAACACCGCCAACAAAGAGUCCGCGGCUGCAGCUAGCCAGGGGCUCCACGGAAGUUCAUCAACCUCGUCCUGCGACGCCAAGCACACCUGCAAAAGUAAAUGGCCACGACGAGCUCCGACCUCAAACGCCAUCUAGUGCUCAUAGUUCAUCAUCCGCUUCGUCUCACAAACGUUCCAUUACGAUUUCCAAGGGUUACACUGUUUCUGUAGUUCUCAUUUCCUCUGCCUUAGAGAUCAUUCUGGCUUCGAAGGAGGCCAAACGAUCCACACCUCUUCGCGAGAGCGCACACAAUGCCUUGGAAAUGAUACGUGUCGGUCAAGGUGGUGAUCGUCCACGUGAAAUUUUUGAGCCUCUACGGCUGGCAUGCGAGACGCGCAGCGAGAAACUCAUGAUAGCGAGUCUGGACUGUAUAUCCAAGCUCAUCUCUUACUCGUUCUUUGCGGAGCCAUCAUCUGCGCAGGCCCUUCCUUCGCCGCCUCCUUCACCGGCACUUCAAGGAAGACGCUCGAUAGCUGGUGCUUCCCAGUCUAGCCUUCCACAACCUUCCCUUGUCGACCUUGUCGUCCAUACCGUCACAACAUGCCAUAAUGAUACCUCCCCUGAAACGGUCUCUCUCCAGGUUGUCAAAGCGCUUCUCUCCCUAAUACUUUCGCCUACUAUCUACGUGCACCAUUCGUCACUGUUAAAGGCAAUCCGCACGGUUUAUAACGUAUUCCUUCUCAGCACGGACCUGGUCAAUCAAAUGGUGGCUCAAGGAGGACUAACCCAAAUGGUGCAUCACAUAUUCUCGCGGUGCAGAAGUCUCGACGGUACAACCCCACGCUCACAUGUCUCCUCCGACUCGUUUGCAUCAAUUCCAGUACCAGGAUCGCCGAAGAUUGACAUCCAAAACACUAGCUUUGUCCUCUCAGAAAAUGCAGCUGAGAAAUUGAUGGCAGAGGCGUUGCCAUUAGAAUCUGCCGUUGACAUGCCCUUAUAUCCUGGUGUUCCUACCCUCCCCUCAUCUAUUCAUGAUCCUGACGUUCCGCAAGGAAUAAUUAGUCCCGCGCCUCCGACCACACAUGACGUCGCAGAAAAUGAACACGCUCCAAGGGAGUUGAGCACGCGGGAUAUGUUUAUAAAGGACGCGUUUUUGGUUUUCCGAGCCUUGUGCAAAUUGACAAUGAAGCCCUUGAACACAGAGAGCGAGCGUGAUCUCAAAUCUCAUGCCAUGAGGUCUAAACUCUUGUCCCUGCAUCUCGUGCUCACCAUCCUUAAUUCACAUAUGGCACUAUUCGUUGAUUCGAAAGCCAUAAUCUACUCUUCUUCCACAAACGAAGCAACCACUUUUGUUCAAGCUGUCAAUCAAUAUCUUUGCCUCAGCUUGAGCCGCAACGCAGUUAGCCCUGUGCCUCAAGUGUUCGAAGUCAGCGUGGAGAUCUUCUGGCGAGUGUUAUCAGGAAUGCGAACGAAGCUCAAGAAAGAGAUCGAAGUCCUACUACACGAGAUAUUCGUUCCUAUCCUGGAAAUGAAGACUUCAACUCUCAAGCAGAAGGCUGUAAUCAUCGGAAUGCUCUCCAGGCUUUGUCAGGACCCGCAGGCUUUGGUAGAGAUAUAUCUCAACUAUGACUGCGACAGCGAAGCUACAGAUAAUAUAUACGAGCAUCUCAUGAACAUUAUCUCCAAGAUUGCUACAUUGCCGUAUACUUCCUCGCAACAAAAGACGAACGACCCUGCAAGCCCGGCGCUCCCGCCACAGACUAAGAGCUCAGCGUCGACGGCGCACGUGUCCGGCGCACUAGCUGUAUCCGGUACCAUGGACACGUCCACCAUGGGUCUUUCCGAGGGGCAACUUAGAAGGCAGGGUCUCGAAUGCUUAGUGGCUGUUCUUAGAUCUCUUGUGACUUGGGGAACAGCUGCUGGGAAAACGCCUGCGGAAUCUGCAACUGCCGAUACUGCCCCAAGAAGUCAGAUUGGGGAAGAGAUUGCAGCUGACACUAUGACACCUGAUCCUUCGUUAGAUGGGUUGAUUGCCUCCGCUGGAAGCACGGAAGCCUUUCGGCAAUCAACUCCGGACAUUGCAGACGAUCCCUCCAGGUUUGAGAGUGCGAAGCAAAAAAAGACAACCCUGCUCGAGGGCAUCAAGAAGUUUAACUUCAAGCCCAAACGGGGUAUUCAAUUCUUGGUCGAGACGGAACUCAUUCCAAGCUCGUCACCUCGCGAUAUCGCAGGAUUUUUACUGACCACUGAUGGCCUCAGCAAAAGUAUGAUUGGCGAGUACCUCGGUGAAGGAGAUGAACACAAUGUUUCUAUCAUGCAUGCUUUUGUCGACUUUCUGGAUUUCAGGAACUUAGGUUUCGUGGAUGCUGUUCGUGUGUUUUUGCAGGCAUUCCGCCUUCCUGGAGAAGCUCAGAAGAUCGAUCGUUUCAUGCUCAAGUUCGCGGAACGCUACAUCGCCGGAAAUGCUCAAACACCCUUCAAGAAUGCAGAUGCUGCCUAUAUUCUCGCGUAUUCUAUCAUCCUGCUCAAUACCGAUGCUCACAGUCCUCAAAUCAAAAAUCGCAUGACUAAAGCCGACUUCAUCAAGAACAACCGUGGCAUCAACGAUGGAGAGAGUCUUCCGGAGGAAUUCUUGAAUGCCAUUUUUCAUGAUAUCCAGAGCAACGAGAUUAGAAUGAAAGACGAAGUUGAUGCCACCAUCAACUUGCCCUCAACAGGCCCUGGUCUUGCCAAUGCGUUGGCGAACGUGGGGAGGGACCUUCAAAAGGAAGCAUAUGUGAUGCAGUCCAAUGGCAUGGCCAACAAGACUGAAGCACUCUUCAGAACGCUUAUGCGCUCUCAACGAAGAGGAUCUCGUGCUGGAGACCAAUACUUCAGCGCGUCACACUUCGUCCAUGUUCGGCCGAUGUUUGAGGUGGCAUGGAUACCCUUCUUGGCUGGAUUGUCUGGCCCGCUUCAAAAUACGGAUGACCUUGAGAUAGUCGAUCUCUGCUUGGACGGAUUCAAAAAUGCUAUCCGCAUAGUUUGCUUCUUCGAUUUGGACCUCGAGCGCAAUGCGUUUGUUGGUACCCUUGCGAAGUUCACAUUCCUCAACAACUUUGGGGAAAUGAAAACUAAGAAUAUGGAUGCUAUUAAGACACUACUAGAUAUCGCGGUCAAUGAAGGCAACAACUUGAAAGGGUCAUGGCGCGAUGUGCUGUCGUGCGUGUCACAACUAGAACAUAUGCAACUUAUCAGUGGCGGUGUGGAGGUUCCGGACGGCGGAAAGAAAGGUCGAUCUAAGAAGCUUCCAGCAGAAGAACUCGCCAACGAGAGCAGGUCGACUCACAUCACCGUGGCAGCAGACAUGGUCUUUUCACUCAGCCAUUACCUGUCUGGGACUGCUAUUGUGGAUUUUGCAAGGGCUCUUUGUGAUGUUUCAUGGGAGGAGAUUCAGUCGUCUGGAAUAUCGCAACAUCCUCGUUUGUUCAGUCUCCAAAAGCUUGUGGAGAUAUCAUACUACAACAUGAACCGUAUCCGUCUCGAGUGGUCGAAUCUCUGGGAUAUUUUAGGAGAACAUUUCAACCAGGUUUGCUGUCACAGCAAUCCUCAUGUCGGUUUCUUUGCGUUAGAUUCCCUUCGUCAGUUAUCAAUGCGAUUUUUGGAAAAGGAGGAGCUGCCCCAUUUCAAGUUCCAAAAGGACUUCCUUAAGCCCUUUGAAUACACGAUGGUUCACAAUGCCAAUCCCGAUAUUCGCGAUAUGGUUCUGCAAUGUCUCCAACAAAUGAUACAAGUCAGAGUACAGAACAUGCGUUCAGGGUGGCGUACACUCUUUGGCGUUUUCUCUGCUGCUUCAAAAGUGCUAACCGAACGCAUUGCGAAUUCUGCAUUCGAAAUCGUGACAAGAUUGAACAAAGAACAUUUUGCUGCGAUUGUCCGCCAUGGUGCUUUUGCAGAUCUGACUGUUUGCAUUACCGAGUUUUGCAAGGUCAGCAAGUAUCAGAAGAUAAGUUUGUUAGCGAUUGGCAUGCUGCGCGGUGUUAUUCCAGUCAUGCUCACCUGCCCUGAGUGUGCUCUGAGUCCGGGGGUUGGACCUAAAGGCGACGACAUCAUGAUUAGGUUCUGGUUCCCUGUCUUGUUCGGAUUCUAUGAUAUUAUAAUGAACGGAGAAGACCUUGAAGUACGACGUCUCGCACUGGAUUCUCUGUUUUCGACUCUGAAAACUUAUGGAUCAACUUUCACUGUGGAAUUUUGGGAUACAGUUUGCAAAGAAAUACUUUUCCCGAUCUUUGCCGUUUUGAAGUCGAGUCAAGAUAUGUCCCGAUUCAACACUCAGGAGGAUAUGAGCGUGUGGUUGUCAACUACGAUGAUUCAGGCAUUACGUGACCUCAUCGAUCUCUACACGUUUUUCUAUGAUAUCCUGGAGCGCUUCCUCGACGGACUACUGGAGCUUCUGUGUGUUUGUAUCUGCCAAGAGAACGACACCCUGGCUCGUAUUGGGACAUCGUGUUUGCAACAAUUUCUGGAGAAUAAUGUGCAGAAGCUCAGCGCCGCUUGGUGGGAACGAGUGGUAGCUACUUUUGUGAAGCUUUUUAGAACGACUACUCCCCACCAACUUUUCGACGAAAGUUUGCGUGUGGAGAUCGACGGGAGCUCUAUAUCGGAUCUUCCGGAUACCAACGAUUCUAAUGACCAAGCAAUCGUCCCUGCCCCAUUGUCUCCCACCGGUGAUCGCCCUCAAGAAGUCGUCAAGCACACCCUUGGUGACCGACGUCGUAUUUUCAAACAAAUAAUUGUCAAAUGUGUCCUUCAGUUACUACUGAUUGAAACUACCAAUGACUUGCUCCGGAACGAUGCUGUCUACACUACCAUCCCUCCAGAACAGCUUCUACGUCUUAUGGGGGUUCUAGAUCAUAGCUAUCAAUUCGCUAGAAUGUUUAAUGAUGAUAAAGAAUUGCGUACUGGACUCUGGAAAGUUGGAUUCAUGAAGCACCUGCCUAAUCUCCUUAAACAAGAGUCCAGCAGUGCAGCAACUUUAGUGCAUGUCUUACUUAGGAUGUACUUCGAUGAGCGCUCAGAGCACCAGAACGCACGCCCUCAAAUUGCCGAACGCCUUUUGCCUCUUGGUUUAAGCGUGCUACAGGACUACAUUAAGCUGCGUGCUGAUACACAGGCCAAGAACAUAACUGCUUGGACACCGGUUGUCGCAGAGAUAUUGGAUGGGUUCUGUCGUUUUGACAACAAGGCUUUCGUUAGAUAUCUUCCAGCAAUUUACCCGUUGGCAACUGGGCUGCUUGCUCGUGAUGUUGCACCGGAAAUCAGGCUGGGAUUGAAGAUGUAUUUCGAGAGAGUUGGACGGACCCAAGGCAUAGUAGUAGUAGAGGCAUCGUAGUACAUUGUUCGGUUCUCCUUCGUAGGUUUGA